AAGGCCGGGGCGCCUUUGGGCGCGGCGAGCCCCGCACGCAUUUUGCUUUCCGUUGAGGCAGGAAGCGGAGGCACAGCGAUGAGGCUGUGGGCUUCGCUGGGCUUGCUUAGCAUCUUUAUACGCUUUUCUGCGCAGACCCACAGUGAGGAUGUGUCUGGCAUCUUGGGAGAAAAUUUUACUUUUCCAGUAAAAAUCAAUGAAAAAAUAACAGAAAUAACUUGGACGAAGAACAAGGAUAAGGUGGCUGAAUGGGAAGGACAAAGUGAAACAGUGUAUUUGACUUCCCUCGUUAACAGAGGCUUUCUUAACAAGGAGAAUGGGUGCUUGACUAUAUUUAACUUGGAACACAGCGAUGCUGGCACAUAUGUGUUAGACUUCUUCAGUUCAGGGAAUACAAGGAAAACCUUUGUGCUUACUGUAUUAGAUCCCCCUUCAGAACCCAAUAUAAGUUGCAACAUCAGCGGGAAUUACUUUAAGUUAAAAUGUACAGCGGAUUUCCCAAAGACUCUGAAUUACAUGUGGAAGUUCGGUAGCUUACAAAACAUCAGUCAGACCCAGGAGAUUUCAAUCCCAACAGAGGUUGUUGAUGCUUCUGAGAAAGCUACGUGUUUCAUUAGAUUCUCUCAAACGGAAAAGUACUCGGAAAUCUCUUUGGAUGAAUGCUAUUCGGAUGAAAAAGGAGACGUCUUUCACAAAAGAAACAGAAACGGUCUUAUUGGGGCUUUCGUCGUCGUCGUCGUUCUGCUUGUAGCAAUAGCAGUAUUGCUAUGCGGAAGAGACAGAGGGAAUGUGGAAGACGGUGCCCUGACAGAUAAUCAGACAGUUAACAAUGGUGUAAAUCCGGAAGAGCUGUCUGCUGUGCAGAACAGUGCCCCGACAUCCAGGUGUGCAUCUGGCCAUGGUAUAGCUGAGGGAGACACAUUUAAGGAGGAGGAUAUCAGCUUGCUGGCCAAACAUGCAGAUGACCAUGGCAUAAAUGAAGGAGAAAUGAUCCAGGAUGCAGAAGGUGGAAAUGGGGAACACCUGAACAACUCUCCCAGCUGCAAUGUAUAGAAGAUCUUAAGUCGUAACAAAUAAUUGCCUUGUGGACCAAACAAUGGAACAGAAGGAGUAGAAUUCAACAGUGAAGGACCUGCUAUCUUUUCUCUUGGAGGUUUUCCACCAACACUGAAGGCAUCCAUAAAGAAGUGCCUUGAGGACUAGUUGAGCUAUUUCCAGUGACUAUUUUAUUUCUCAGAACAGACAGCCUUCUUUUCUAGUGUCACUGCAUGAAGAUGAUCAGGGCCAAUUAUGAACAAAAUAUUUUGUAUUGUUUUAUAUCUGGUUUUAACAAGCAGUGCUCUACUAACAUAAAAUUUAAGAGCUAAGGUUAUUUUUAUAAGGGAUGUUUAGACAUUAACAAAGUCAUAUCCAUUUGCAUUAUCACAGGUAAAUGAAAAACUAUUCAUCUUUCUAUGCAAUUUUGGAUCAGAAGCAUUUUACAGUUGUAAGAAAGAUGGUUCAUCCUCCAGCAGUUCCAGAUGAAUGGAAGUUUACAUUUACCAGUCAUAGUUCUGCAAGAGGAACUCAGUACUCCCAUCAAAUACUUUCCAGGAUAACUGUCUCCUGGACCUGGCAGAAGACUGGCAAGCUGAUAAUCUCCUAAUGGUGGAUGACUCUGUGAUAAAGCUACAAUUGAGUUUAUUACUGUGUUGGAACAAAGCUGCUUCUAUUAGUGGCUUGUGUCUUUUUCCUAGAACUUUUUCUAUUUUUUUUCACUUUUAGGGUUCUUUUUUUAUGCCUUAGCUUCUGCUUCAUCUUAUUGCAAGAGAAAUUCAGCCUACCCAUUUUUAAAGAGUUGUAAUAUGGUUUUAGGUUGCGCAUGACUGGAAAGAAAACUUGAAAACUAAGGCCAUGUAUACAUUGAAGCUGAAAAAGAAUCAAAGAUAAGAGAAUGUCAUAUUUCAGUGUUUUCAGAAUGUCAUGCUAUGAAACAUGUUUCUUGCUUUUACUUGCUUCUUGUUUAUGAAAGCUGGAAAUUAUUUAAGUUGAUCUUUAGCUUGACAUAUGUAAAGAAUCAUGAAGGUUUAACUGUAACGAGAGAUUGGAAGCUCCCCCUUCAUCUUACCUCUAACAACUCAGGCACAUUAUCUCUUGUUCCCCCACCUGAUACUACUGUGAAGAACACGCCUCUAGCUUCUUGAUGAUCAGCUUGUAGCUUCAGGAAGCGUGCUGUUAGGUACCCUCCCCAAGCCUGCCAUUCUCUGGGCUUGGACAAAUACAGUGCCUUCAGCUUGUCUUUGAGUGCAAGUGCUCUGACCGUCUUGGUAGUUGUCCACUGAACUUGCUCCAAUUUUCUAGACGUUCAUCUUGAAGGGAUCCAAAACUGGAUACAGUAUUCUAAAUGCACUCUAAUGUGUGCUGAGUAGAGGGAGAUAAUCUACCUGUUAAGCUCCUGGUAAUACAGCCCAGGGUGCUGUUGGCCACUUUUGCUGCAAGACACUGUUGGUUCAUGUUUGGCUUGCUGCUUACUGGGAUCCCUCUGCUUCUCUUCAGCAGGACUGCUCCCCUGCCAGACAGACCUUAGCUUGUAUUGUUGCAAGUGGUUCCUCUUUCCCAGAGCUUUAUAUUUGUCCCUUUUUUAACCUGUCUAGGUUUCACUGAUAGCACAGCCCUUUAGCAUGUUGAGUGAUUCUCCCCAGUUUGAUGUCAACUGCAAACUGGACAAAACUGCACUUUAUAGUCUCCUCCACACCACUGAUGGAGAUGUUAAAUGGAACCAGUUCCUGCAUAGACCCUUGUAGUACUUCAUUUGUCUAAGCCGUCCUGGUAAGACCGUGGACCUGUUAGCCACUACUGUCUGAGUCCAAUCAUCCAACCAGUUCUUUACCUAUCUAUAGAAUAUUUUCAGUUGGAAGGGACCUUUAAAUAUUAUGUAGUCCAACGCCACUGUUAUGGGCAGGGAUAUCUUUUGUUAGAUAAAGUUGCUCAAAUCUCUAUCCAACUUGACCUUGAACACUCUAAAUGAUGGGGCAUCCAGAACUUCUCUGAGCAACCUGUUCCAGUCCCUCACCACUCUCAUUGUAGAAAGUGUCAGCCUUAUGUCCAACCUGAAUCUACCCUCUUUCAGUUUAAAACCUUGCCCCUUGUCCUGUUACUGCAGGCCUUGGUGAAAAGUCUUAGUCCUUCUUAAAAGUCCCCUCUGUGUAUUGCAAGGCUGAAAUAGAGCCUCUCAUUUUUUAUUCCAGGCUGGACAAUCCCAACUCUCUCAGCCUUUCUUCAUAGUAGAGGUAUUCCAUCCCUUUGAUCAUCAUCCUUGCUCUCUCCCUGCACUUUUUCUACUAAGUCCGUGUCUGCCUCGUGCUGGGAACAAUACUCCAUAUGAGAUCUCACGAGAGCAGAGUCAAGGGAGAUAAUCAUCUACUUUGAGCUGCUGGCCACGCUUUUUUUGAUGCAGCCUAGGAUACAGUAGGGGUUUUGGGUUACAAGUGCACAUUGAUGGCUCAUACCCAGUUUUUGUCCACCAGUAUAUCCAAGUGCUUUUCCAUAGGGCUAUGCUCAAUCCAUUCGUCCUAAAUGCUGUAUUGAUAUUGAGGAUUACCCUGACCCAUAUGCAAGGCCUUACGUUUAGCCUUGUUGAACUUCAUAAUGUGCAUGGGGGGCUCACUUUUUGAGCCUAUCAAGGUCCCUCUGAUGGCCUCUUCCCUCAUGCGUAUCCACAGCACCAUUCAGCUUGGUGUUGUCUGCAAACUUGCUGAGGUUGCACUCAUUCCUGCUGUCUCUGUCAUUGAUGAAGGUAUUAAAUAGUUUUGGUCCCAGUGCAGACCCUCGAGGGAUACCACUUGUUACUGGUUUCCACUUGGACGUUGGACUAUUGACUGUGGUUCUUUGAAUGUGGCCAACCAGCCAAAUUCGUAUCCAUCUUAUAAUAUUCUCAUUUGGAUACAGAUGUAUUGUGGGAGGUAAAAAAAAAUUACUGCUUUCCUCUCAUCCAUAAAUCUAGUUAUUUCAUCAUUAUAGAAGAGUUGGUUAGGCUUGAUUUACCCUUGAUUAAAUGAAUGCUGGCUGUUCCCAACCACUUUGUCCUCACAAGCCCAGAAAUGUAUCUCAAGAGGACCAGCUCCAUUAUUCCAGGGACAAAAGGGAGACUGACCAGCCUGUAGAUCCUCAGGUUGACUUUUCGGUGCUUUUCAAAAAUGGAUGUGCCUUUUCUAGUCUUCUCUUUCUUUGACUUUUUAAAGUCUUAAAGCUGUCUUGAGCCCUAAGAUCCUGCCUACCGUCUUCCUGAAUAAGGGGAAAUUUGCUCUCUGAAGCAUGAGGGCCUGCACUGUGAUGUAUAUCUUCCUUCUAUCAGGGUCUGGAGCUGUUUCUUGGUCACUACAGCCAAGGCAGCCAUUUGUGACCAUGUCCCCAUCCAGUCCCUUCUCUGUCAGUGUGCAGCACAUACAGCUGUACAUCAGGCCUUGCUGGUGCAUCCGGGAGCCUGUGUGAAGAAAUUGUCCCUGACACUGCCCAGAAGUCACAGAAUUGUUUAGGUUGGAAAAGACCUUUAAGAUCAAUGAGUUCAACCAUUAACCUGACUGCUUAAAUCAUUGUGUUGCCUUUCUGGCAGAUGCUCUUUCAUUUGUGACAGAGUCUGUGAGUCAGAGACUUUCUUGAGCUGUCUAGAAAAGAUUUUGCCACCUUCUUUACCCCAGUGGCCUGUAGCAUGUGCCAACAUGUUGUCAUCUCUACAUGGCCUUUCAUGGGAUCAUGGGCUCCACAGGCUUUCAGCCAGCUUAUCACCUGCUCUGCAUCAGAGCUCCAUACAUUCCAGCCCCUCUUUCACAGAGAGGGCAGCACCUCUUCUUCUCUCUCCGUGACUUCCCUGUAGAGCUUCUACACAUCCCCGGCCGUGGGCCAGUCACGUGAACUGACUUGCCAUGCCUCAGUUAUUCCAACAAUGCUGGAGUUCUGUGAAUUCACGGAGAGCUUUAAUUCUUCCUGCUUGCUUUCCCUGCUGUGUGCAUUUGUACAUGUGCCUUCAUGCUGCCACCUUCUCCUACUGCUAGUUUAAAAACAGAUGGGUUUUUUUUUGCUUCUGAGGUCUAUUUUAUUCCUGUUACCCUGUGCCCUUUACUUUGGACCCCUGACCACUAUAGAACUGUGGGUUGAGAUAUCCCUUCCCAUCAUUCUUACAUCAGAGGUGGGCCAGUUUGUUUACAAAGACUACAUUAGACAGCUCUGUAGGACAUUUGAGCUGCUCCUGUGUGCUUUUUCUGGUAGUAGGACCUAACUAACAGUUACUAACAGUAUAACCACAGGUUGCUUAUGCCCAUACCCUGUCCUGACCUAGGAAGUGCAGACUCUACAGAAAACUUGAGGUCUUCCCAUAUCGCUAUAGAUAGCAUUUAGAUGUUUCUCUUCACUCACACGAUUCCUUCUGUUCUUGCAGCUGCACUGCAGGAGUAUUCAGCAGGAUCUUUUCUUAGAGCCAGACUCUAUUACCUCUCUUGCUGAGUGUAAAUAUUUAGUCAUAAUUUAUUUUAAAAGACUUGUUAAGAUGUAAAAAACUUUGCCAUAUAUUUUUUUAAAUAUAUACCUACACUUUUAACCUUGAAAGACAGUAACUGAUCCCCAAAAUAAUCUUUAACCUGAUUUCUUUUAUAUAUAUAUUUAUAUAUAUUUAUAUGUGACAGCUCCUGAGACAACUCUUCUCCAUUGCACAGUCAACAGAUUUGUCAGAGUGAUGCUGUCUACUUAGUAUGUUUUUAACAAGUUUCCACGCAAAGAUAUCGUUUGUCAUGUCUAUUGUGGUAAGGGUAAACCUGUAGCUUGUUUUCAUGCUUAUACAAAGGCUUGUUUUCUGUUAAUUAUAUGCGAAACAGUGGUAUAAAAAAAGAGAAGGGUUAUGGGAACUGGCUGAAGAUGCUCUCAGAAAUGAGGGCAGUUCAUCUAAAACACUGCAUUCAUCCUGUGCAAUUUAAUACUAAAGAGCAUGCAGAAAUCUCAGGGUGUGGUUUUGAGAAUUCCUUGGCACCUGGUGUCUUUGUUUCCAAAGCGGAAGGCAAACAGCCUUCAGAAAUAGUAGGCAGCUGUGGUUAGUUGACCACAGUUACCGGAAGUCUUUGGUGAUGAACUUCACUGGAAUUUUGGUCCUUUAUCAGAAACACAAAAAACCCACUUACAUGUCAGGCUGAUGUAAGACCAAGAGCUACAGGCUCUACAGUUUCUCACUGCUUGCUUUCACCCACUCAAUUUGAACAGUGUCUGCUGUUUGUGAGAAACUUCUACCCACUCACAGAAGAGCAGACUUCGCAGUUUUCAAAGAAAGAGUUGAAGCACAAAGUUUGGCAUUUUUUAAAUUGAUGUUGUUCUCACUUUAGUUUUUAUGAGGAGUAGAUUUUUUUUUUUUCCAUAGGGAUGUGAAGCCAGAUAUUUGAGAGGAUAAAUUGACCUGACUUUGGUGACAGCAUUUCAGUGCCAUUUCCCAUGUUCCUCUCUCCGAAUGUCUUGCGCAAUAACUAAAUAAAAUAAACAUUUUUCAGUGAAA